AUGGUGAUUUCGAGAUAUAGCGCCGGCUAUGAUACUAGGACCCUGGAUCGGCAGGUUUUUUUACGCAAAUUGUAUGAAAGGCUGCCAGAUCGUUCUAAAGUACGCGAGAAAGCACGCGUUGAGGAGAUUAUUGAAGAAAGUUCCAAGACUCGCGUCAUACUGGCAGAUGGGCGUGAAUUCGUUAGGGACGUAGUGGUUGGUGCAGACAGUGUUCAUUCCAAGGUUCGCGAAAUCAUGUGGGACAAGGCAAACGCGGCCAAUCCCGGCAUGAUUACAGUUAAAGAGAAGCGAGCAAUGGUAACCCAGUACAAUGCCAUCGUCAUGGCAUGGUCUCCCGUACCUGGUGUUACUUCAAACUCGGCUCUCGGUGGCAAUACCGCAAUGGAAGACGCCGUUACACUCGCAAAUACAAUUAAUGCCCUUCUCGGCACGCAUUUCCAUAAAAGCCCGAGUGAUUUUGAGCUGCGCGAUGCGAUGCGGGAUAAGCAUCAAAACGCUCGUGUCGACCAUGCUUGGGUCAUUGUGAAGGUCGUGGGUGAUCUCACGAGGCAACAGGCUUAUGACGGUUGGAAGGCCUACUUUGUGCAGCGAUGGCUGACGCCCAUCGUGGGCCUUGACACUCUUGCAAAGAAUAUUGCUGGAUUGUGUGUUAUGGCGCCAAAGCUUACUUAUGUGGACUUUGAUGAGAAGAGGGGGAUUCUAGGGUGGCAGGACACACUAUCUGCUGUAAAGGAGAGGGAAGCUCGAGAAGAAGAUGAAAGACUCAAUAGUGGACCUUCGUGGGGUGACUUGAACGGGGGCUUUGCGUCUGUCUUCCCGCAGGGGCUAGCAGUUUUAGUUGCUUUGUAG